CCAACCAUCGUCUUUGGAAGCCCCGCGCACGCACAGCACUAGCGAACGAACUCGAGGGAUCGUCGCGAUGACGGGGGAGGAGCAGACGGUGCUGGUGCGGUGCGCGGACCUCGCCAAGUUCGCGGUGCCGGCGUCGGUGGCGCAGCGGGCGGGGAGCGUCGCGGCGGCGCUGGAGGCGGGGCAGAGCGUGGUGGAGCUGCCGCGGGGGGUCUCCGGCAAGGGCCUCGCCACGGCGGUCGCCUACUACCAGGCCCGGGCCGAGGCGGAGGAGCGCGGCGCGGACGGUGGCGAGUUCGACGGCGAGUUCGUCCGCGGGCUGACGCACGACGCCGCCAUCGACCUCAUCUACGCCGCGCACCACCUCGGCGACGAGGCGCUCUUCAACCUCUUUGCAGGCUACAGGGCUAAUUAGUUCAUUAUAAGUAGUUGGUUCUAUAAGAGGCGCAGUGAAGCUUUUUACUUGAUUAAUUUGUGUGUUGAUCGAGUGAAAUUUUCCUUUUUCUCCUUGUAUCGACGCUAUCUUGUGAUUAUAAUUAUGUCAUACAUCAUCGUAAACUGUCUUGAUUUUCUCU